AUGCCACGAGGAGACCCAAUAUACGAACGGUCAGAAUCCCGUGAAUAUCGAGAAACUGCACGCUCAACAGCCAUGGCAUCCAAUAAUGAACGAUCCAACAAAUACGACGACUAUGACCGUGACGAUGUGGUUCUACCAUCUAGCAAACACGGCUCCUACAAUGAUUCACCACUCCGUUCACCGGCAACCGGUGUCGCUUCAUCGAUCAAGACAUCAAUGAAAUCUGAACGCACGACGCCUGUAUCGUCACCUCGGGACGCACCAUUGAACGUUUUGGCUGGAUUUGAUAAGGGACGAAGAGGAUCCCGUGAAGAGCUAGUUCAUCAUUCACCAACACUUGGUUUGGAGAGACUUGGAAGGAAGAGUAGGGAGGACUUGAGUGGUGACAUUGCUGACUUUAAGAAAUCUAGUGCUGCUGGUAGUGCUGCAGGACGCCCACGUAGUCGUGGUGAUGAUAUACCAGCUCCCCUACCAACAAUGAGUAGUCUGCGACGCACGUCUAACGGUAUCAAGGAGGAAUCGCCAGUGGAGUCUCGUCAUGCUGCUCCCUCUAGGAGACAUAUAUCUGAAGAUGAUUUACAUUCUCCUGGUACUCGUGGACUUGAAGUUGAUACACGUAACGCACGACCUAUCUUGACUCCUAAAUCAGCUGCUACGAAUAAGGUGCACCCUGUUACUGCACGUGAUGAUUCUCGUGGAGAUAUUGUUAAAGACGACCGUGAUGAACGUCGAGAGAGAGAUGAGAGACGAGAGAGGGAUGAGAAACGUGAUAGAGACGAGCGACGUGAACGUGAUGUGGAUACUAAGCAUCAUGAUAAACAUCAUGAAAAACAUGAUGACCGUGACCAUGGAGUAACCUCUCCUUCUUCCUCCUCUUCUCACCGUGAACGUGACCACGACCGUGUUUCUGAUGACCGUUCCCACCACCGUGUUGUUGAAAAGGAGGACCACCGUGAAAAGGAUGUCCACCGUGAACACCAUACCGAACCAAGUCGACGCUCCCGUGACGAUUUACGAGCAACUAGUGCUAGUAAACCAUCAUCACCAACCAAAUCACGUAUCUCUGAAGAAGAAUACGAAGUCAAGAAACCAGCUUCGCCUACACGUCAUGCUGCUGAGGGGACUCGGGAUUUGAAUGGAGAGUCUUAUGGAUGGCUAGUUAGUAAAGAGAAUACUAGUAAAGCAUCGCAACGAGAUACCCACCAUUCUUCGUCAAAUGCAAGGAGACCGGCUAAAGAUGAAGACGCAAUUGAAGAGUCUGAGCCUGAGACUCGGCGACCUCCUCUAUCGCCAUCCAAGAAAGCACCUGCUAAGAGGAUGGAAAGUGUUGAAGAUCUGGAAAGUGAAAGACCACAUUCAUCGUCAAAGAAGGCAGUUUCGCCAGUUAAAUCCAAGGCUCAAGAUCUGAGUGAAGACGAGUACUCGGAACCCAAGAAAUUGGCUAAGAAGAAGCCAUCGCCAUUAUCUGAUAUUAGUACCGCUAGCAAGAGCGUUGAUCCUCGAUCUCCUUCCUCUGCACGAACACCAAAACCUGUUGGUACCAAGCAUCGUUCAUUGAAUGAUGACGACGAGGACGAAGAGGACGAUGAAGAAAUCGAGACUCCUAAACAAAAGUCAAGCAAGAAAUCACCUUCACGACGUACCAACGACGAUGACGAAGACGAUGACAAACCACAACCAAAACGAGCAUCAGUCGCCGCACGAGCGUCCACAUCCGUGAAAUCAGCAAACAAGAAUAGUAAUGCGCGUGAAGGUCGGCGUGCUAAGAAGGAAGUUGUCAACACUACACCACAAGAGGAUGCAUUAAAUCAAAUUAUUGCUCUUGCUGCUAAAAUAUUCGAUGUGCCUGCUGCCGCUAUUGGUACGCUUGGUGACGAUGGCCGUGUACGAUGGACUUAUAGUAUGGGAUUAGAUGCCUUCCUUGGUGAUGCAAAGAAUGGUGUGUAUGAGGAGAAACAGGAGACGUCAGUAUUAGGCUGGGUACUUGAAGAUGAGGAACAGGAAGGGUGCGUUUCAGAAGUUGAUGCUACUAGUCAGCCAAGCUUCAAGUCGUAUCGCGUUGUUAAGAAGGGUGGUGCUGGGUUUAUUGCUGGGGGUGUUAUUAAACCUGGCUCAUCAGCACUCGUAGUAUUCGGAGAAUCUCGUGAUGCAUUCGUUGAUGAAGAAAAGGGACUUUUGCUCAAUCUCGCUCAAGCUGCUUCAUACCAUGUUGAUUCCAUGUCUGGAACCAGUGGCAAAGGCUCGAAAUCAAAUAAAGUGGAUACUUUGAUCAAGAUUUUGAUGGCUGAUCAAGGGAAGGUGCUUAAUGAGGAGAACACGAGUGCUGUACUUGCUGAUGUUGUCAAGUAUGCUCGUGAAGGAAUGAAUUGCAGUGCUGCUGUCUUGUUGAAGGUCGAAGCUGAUGCUGAUGGAUCCAGAACAACAGUAUUCGCAUCAUCAGGCCGCACAGCACUCCAAAUCGGCGACGAGAAAUUCAGCGACCUGUCAACCAAAGUCAUUACUGCCUUCGCAGAUGGUCCAUUGACAAUGAACCCACACGACAAGAAGACUCAAAACCAAGUCGACAAGUUCAUUGGAAAGGGAAACAGCAUGUCUAUUUCUGGUCUUGUUAUUGGAGAUGGCAAGCCGUUAGCUGUUUUGACAUGCUUCUUCACCGGCCGUGCUGAUGAUGAUGCUACCAAAGAGGAACUAAGCCUCAUGAAAAACAUAACAAAUGUCCUAUCCCCCCUCCUGAUCCGUGUGGAAGCCGCCGAAGCACUCGAAACAACAUACAAGGAAACCGAGUACAUCAAACUAGCCAUACACAAACAUGGUGAAUUAUUUUCACACCAUUUAACUCCAACUGUCCUCGUCGUGUAUCCUACCCUACCUGCUAUCGGUGGUGAUGGACAAGACUGUGGUGACGGUGAAGGACCAAGUGCUACUGAAUCUGUGCAAGUCUUGGGUGAUUUCUGGGCCGCUUGUGACGCGCUUGCCAAGAAGCACAAUUUGAAAAAGACGCUGAGGAGUGGGAAUACUUUUGUUGCCAUUGCAAAUGUACACGGAUCUGGUACUGGUCACGAUGUAGCUGGUUUCGCGAUGGAACUUGUUUCAACGGUUGAAAAGAGCGAUAGUGAUGUGCGCGUUCACAUUGGUGUUCACACCGAGUCCCUUCCAAAGGAUAAUUUUGAUAGUAAUUGGGCUUCAGUUGUCUCAAUAGCCUUCCAACUCGCCAACUCUGUUGAGAACGGUCUCCUAGCUUCUGAUUCAUUCUACCACUCCAACAAACAUCACGUACAAUUCAAGCAAGGAGCUACGAUUUUCACGAGGGCUCAUGGUGUGCUUAUGACGCAUUCCGUCGCUGGAAGAUCUAAGGUUGCUGCACCGCAACCUGAGGUUGCUGGUGGGCCUUCGGUUAAGAAGAUUGAGGUCAAGAAUGCGAAAGGUGGAUGUGUUGUGAUGUAA